CUACGGGUUAUGCAUGUAUGUUCCUUGGCUGAUUGUGUUGUUCUACUAAGUGAAUCCUGUAACUUCAAACAGGCUUCAGCAUGGCGUGUAGUUUCCUACAUCAGAUCUGCCUCCUCCCCUCUCCAGCCUGCGGCAAAUGCAUUUCCUACGAUUCCACCAGUGUCUUCACAGGCGGCUGGCUUUUGCUGAAGCUCUUGCUCUUCUUUCUCCACCUGGCUCACCUCUUACCCAUCCUUUAAAACUGGAGCAGCUUGGUUACUUGCCUGUGACAUCUCAAAGAAAUGACAUCUGCCUUAGCGAAGGUUUCAAACUAAAUUAAAAAGGCAGAAAUCAUGGAGGAUGAAGUUGGUUGUUAGGGAACCUUGCUUCUCCACAACUGUGAAUCUGUUAAAUGAGGAAAUGGGGCCAGAUAAUGUUUCAGUUAAGAAAACAGUCCACAGAGUGAGUGCAGACAUCUUUAGAAUUGUGUUUGGGAUACCAGCACCCUCAACAACUGGAGCACACUAUGGAUAGUGAAGAAAACACGGCCGAGCUGUUACCCAGAAAUCCCUACUGUUCCAAUGAGGGAUCGCACUGUGGCUGUAAAUUGCCUCAUGUGACCUUCCAGCCACAAUGGCCUUUGCAGGUUGCAGCAAAACAAUGGUCACUCUGGAAAACAUUUCUGGUGUGUCUGCUGGCCUGUCUGAUUGCUACGACCCUUGUUGUUCUGGUCUUGUAUUUUGUUCACUUUGGAAAGCCCACCGUCAUCAUUCACGGAGAUGGGAAGGGCAGUCAUGUGGCCUGCACCUCUGGCCCUAGCCCAUCUCCUGCCCCAUGUCCUACCCCAUCUUCUGCCCCAUGUCCUACCCCAUCUACUGCCCCACGUUCUACCCCAUCUCCUGCCCCAUCUACCCUUCCUGGGUCUCAGAGCACCCUGCCUUCUACCCCCGUGACCAACCAAAGCUCUUCAACCAUGGUGCCUCCAUCUGCCAUGAAGACCACAACGCAACACGAAGUCAUCAUUGAAGAAGAAGAAGGAAGUCCUUGAGCCCUCAGCCUUCCUCAAGCCAGGUCAACACUCUUAUGCUGAAGGAGGCACAUCUGAGCUAUUCUGUCCUCCCUGCCAAGAGAUUCCAAUGCAUUUGACUUCAUGAGACCUUGCCUCUCUUGCUCAAUCAUUGGCUGGAUUCCCAUAUGGUGAUGACUCAGUCUCAGGUCAACGUUCAAAUGACCUUGACUGGCAGUGUUCAAAUGAUCAGAAAAGAAAAAGUUUGGACCGCGCCUGGUAGACUCAUCUAGAUGGGGUUCAGAGUUUUCUCUACACCCCUUUCGUACAACUGACCUCAUUUAUCACCCAUGAAGAUUUUAGGCUGCUGAAGAGGCUGCCGCUUGGAUCCUGCUCUACUUAAGCUAGUAUUUGUCAUUUGUUAUUGAUUAUUUCCCAAUCUAUUUUCAGCAUUUGUAUCCCAACUGAGAAAGAAAGAAAUGUGCAAGCAAAGUGAUUAUUGCUUACUGAUUAUUAAAUACCUAUUGAUCAUUACAUAAGUGUUCUUAUUGGGGAAUUGAGAAAAGAGGGGGAUAUUAGUGAGGACGGGAAUAAUCAAGGGGGAUUUUAGAGAAUGGCUCACAGUUGAAGAAGGGUGAAAAUUUGGACUUGGGUAGAGAUCAUUAAAUCAGAAAAUGAUAGGGCUGAGGGGGCAUAAUAGAUUUAAAAUGAAAAGUACACUUAGAAACACUUUAAAUGUACAAGGGAUGUAUUUCCUAUAUCCACACCUUUUUCACUGACAUUAUCAAUAUUAUUUUCCAUAUUUGAUAUGAUGCUUAAUUUUGAAACCACUAUAAACUACACUUAUAAAAUUUCAACAUUUAAAUUGUGUCAUACUUUGUACUGUAAAUUUGAGAGCACAUGCUUAUAAUUUGCUAUGAAACACAGACUCUUGUCCAUUAUUGCUUAUAUUCUAAGUGUUUGGUACUUAGUACAAGCACAAACAUUUCAAUCUGGAAAAGACUUCAGAGUAAAGCAAUCUGCCCAUUCCACCCCCAUCCUCCAAACUCCACAAGGGUAGUAAGUGUGAAUGAAUUUCUUUCCAGUAUAGUAGUAAGUAAAUUCAUUUCUCUACAAUUUUGUCUUAAUUGCUUGUGAAAAAGAUUCAAUUUACUGUGUUAAAAUGUGCUUCCUUCCUUAGACAAUUUAAACCUUGUUUUGUGAUUUAAAAAAGAGCUUUAA